UAAAAAAAUCUACAUUUUGUAAAGCCUCAUCAUUUUAUAUAUAUACGUACAUUCAACUUCUAACAAAAACAAGAGGAGAGGGACAAACAAUGCCGAAGAGGGAAGAAGAGGAGGAGCCGCUCAGCCCGAUGGCACGUGUGUUCCAAUCACCGGGCAUGGACAACUGCAUCGUUAUUACUAUUGGGUUCAAAGAAAAGAUCAAUGUUGAUUUCAUAUUAAAUGACUUGAAGCAUAACGUUUCUAAGCAUCCUCGUUUCUCUAGCAAAUUGUCAGAUAAUGGUGCAAAAUGGAUCAAGACCGAUGUUGAUGUAGAAGACCAUGUAUUUACACCAAACAUAGACUCAGAAGAGAUGGGCGAAGAUGGAGAAAGCUUCGUCGAUGACUAUAUCUCGCGUCUCACAGUGAUUCCUCUUGAUAGAUCAAGACCUUUGUGGGAUAUUCACAUCCUCAACGUCAAAACAUCAGAUGCAGAAGCGGUCACUGUUAUAAGAUCUCACCAUGCACUAGGAGAUGGAGUAUCUCUGAUGUCUCUCUUGUUGGCAUCUACUCGAAAAACAUCAAACCUCGACGAAUUUCCUACAAUCAUUACUUCUUCAAAACGGCGUAAAACGGUGUUUCAAGGCCUUACCAACAAAGGCUGGUUCUUUAGGUCGAUACUCGCCAUUUGUUAUGCAGCUAAAUUGAUCUGGAAUACCAUUGCAGAUUUUUUUCUGCUUUUGGCAACAAUCUUGUUCUUGAAGGAUACAGAAACACCUUUAAAAGGCGGCGUGAGUGUUCAAAAGAAUUUUUGUCACCGAAUCGUCUCUUUGGAUGACCUUAAACUUAUAAAAACCGCUACGAACAUGACUAUCAACGAUGUUCUACUAGGAGUUACACAAGCUGCUCUUUCUGGCUAUCUUAACAGACUAUAUGACAAGAAGAAUGCAGAGGAUGGAACAUCUAAAUCAAACCGGAACAAUCUUCCCAGUAAACUACGUUUUCGGGCAGGUGUUGCAGUAAAUCUAAGGCAUAACAUCGGGUUUAAGGCUUUGGCAGAUAUGAUGGCCAAGGAUUCAAAAUGCAGAUGGGGAAACUACAUGAGCUUCAUUAUUUUUCCGAUGUCCAUUAGUUUAGAAACCGAUCCAUUGGUUUAUUUAUCAAAAGCUAAAUCUACAAUGGAUCGAAAGAAGCACUCUUUUCACAGUGCUCUAGUGUACCUAACCACCGGUUUCGUCUUCAAAACUCUCGGAGCUAAGGUAGGAGCAGCAUUGUUCAAUCGUCCUGUGUUGCACACAACAACGUCCAUUUCAAACAUAGUUGGUCCUAUGGAAAAAAUCAGUUUCCAUGGCAAUCCAAUCGCCUACAUCGCUCCAAGCUCCUACGGACACUCACAACCAUUGGUGAUACACUUCCUUAGCUACGCGAAGAAGAUGGUUAUUUCGAUAGGCGUUGAUCCCACGGUCAUACCGGAUCCUCACAAGCUAUUAGAUGAAAUAGAGGAGUCAUUAAAAGCUAUGAAAGCUUCUCUAUGUGAAAAGGCUUACUCUAGGACGUGAGUAACCAGUAAAGAUUGGGAAAACAAGCUAUUUCUCCACGAGAACUAUUGCAUAGUAUCAGAUGUCUCCCAAACUAUGCCUUCGUGCUAUAUAUCCCCGAAAAAAUAGUUUAAGAUCCAGAUCUACAUGAAAUUUUAAAGAUAGAAAAUGGCUGAAUCAAAACAUGGUUUUGUCUGAUUCGUAGUUUAAACUUGAUAUAUACCUAGAAUGUGACAAGAACACGUGAUAUCAAAACCUGAAAGAUAAAAGGGGAGAUAAUAAACAACUCAUAUUUUAUUGUUAUUGAGAAUUGUUUUACAGAAAGUGUCGAAUAUGGUUUGGUUGUCUUUCUCUCUCGUCGACCACUUUCAUCACCUUCUUCACCAUUUUCACCAUCUUCUUCCUCACUAUGAGUCUGGAUAAACAUUAUGUAGAAUCGGUGUCUCAUUUUUGAAAUCUUGGAUAAGCUGCUCGAUUUGAGAUUGUUCUCGGUCAGAUGCUUCUUCGUCGAACUCUCCUGCACCAUUGUGCAUCACUAACGCCAUGGAUUUCGAGCUUCUCAAUCAAGGUUCUAAGAUUUGCGAUUUCUUGGGUUUUGGACGUAAGGUCACGAUUUGGGAAUUUAUAAUUAUACGGUUUAAUCUUUUGGUCGGGUCAAUAACUAGUCAAUAAGAUGUAAUCGGGUUAUAAUUGGGUUUUUAUUUGGUUUACUAUUAGUUAAUAUUGUUUACAAACCAGUCAAUCAAUUAAAACCGGAUUGUAUGGGUUUUUAAGUUUGUAACUUU